AUGGUUCUCUUGAACCUUGUCGCUCUCUUUUCUCUCGCCGUGAGCGCGUCACCGGUCGCCUCAGUCUCCCGGGAUGCGACCGAGGUGCUCUGGAAACGUAAUACCACCGUUGCCAGUUGUUCCUUCUAUUCCGAAGAUGGCAUUCAGCCCGGAUGUUGGGAGACUCUUGAAAUGAACAAACACCUCAACGACUGGUGGUCCAAGAACUCUGCCAGAUGUAAGGCGGCAAACAAGGGAUUCGGUGCAUGUUAUCUCGACACGGCUGGUUACAUAACCUGGAGUUGUGACUUCAUUGCCCUCAAUGGAUGCACUCCGCCUCCGAGUGGCCGCACCGCCGCCUAUGCUUCCUACCAGGAAUUCUAUGUCUUUUGGAAUAUUUACUCGAUUAACCUUUUCUUUACCAACUACCACCAAGCUCUGAUAGGUGGCCAAGCUACUGCUAUUGGAGCGGUCGCCGAAAUCGUGAAGACGGUUUCGCCACCUAGAGCCAGGAACCCCAAUACGCCCAAGUUCGGACCGAUCUAUGCUGUGGCACUGGGACAGUUUGCUGCUCUCGGCCCUCUGCUUGGCAGCUCUGUCGGUGCUAGCAUGGUAUUUACCUCUAUUGCCGGAACCUUGGGUGGUGGAACUGGUCUUUUCAACAUUCUCUUCCCAUCCAAGGAGGUACAGGAAGUUCCGUGGGAGGGUCUUUCAGCUGCUCUCUCAGAAAACGUCAACGAAUACCAAAAGAACGUAGGCGAGGCAUUGACCAAGAUUCAAACCGAUUUCGAUACAUUCUAUUCAAUGGUUUCCAACGGCGGUUUCAGUCAGAAAAUGAGCACCAGUCUGCCUCAGAGCACCGAUUUCAUGUAUCACGAUCUCCUCAAGUGGACUUUCAAUCAGGCGCUGCAGCAAGCAGACUACUUUGCUGUCAAGAACCCUGGGAUUGAUCCUCGGAAGAUUCCCAUUGACCCGUAUGACUGCUCCAAACUCGAUAAAUCCAACUGUUGCGGCCCGAUCUGGUACGAUGGCAAGGACUCCUAUGGCCUUGCGAGAGCAAAUGACAUUGGCAUGGACCAAAUGAAGACGAUCCUGGAUGCAGCAUUCGCCAAGAACUGGACUACCCCUCAUGAGCUCUAUAUUGACGCUCAAUCAUGCCAAGGCAAGAACGGCUCAGAGGCAUUUGAUGUGAAGGAUCUGACACUGAGUUGCGUCUCGAACCUCCCCGUCUGCGAGUUCAACUUCGACUAUAAUCCGUUCCAGUUGAUGAUUGACCGCUCCAACCCACCGGAGUUCAAAAACUGCCCUAAUCAGGAUGGCUACGGCACGCCUCCCUACUGGAGUACCGAUGCUGGAGUUCCUCUCACGUAUCUUGGCCCCUAUUUGGUACGUGCUUCGUGCAGAAAUUGUUAA